CCCUUCCCCCCUUCGGCAGGUGCAGAAAAGGAACAUCUCUUUCAAGCCCUUCAUUUCUGCAUCUGUUCGACUGUUCCUUCUGCAUCCUAUUGGUCUCAACCAAUAAUCAAAACGAAAAAAUAACCAGAAAAAAAAGAAUUUGGAGCGAAAAUGCCGUCGUUGGACGAUGAGCACUUCCCAUCCACGCCGGGCAAGGUGAAGGGCGAGAGAGCCCACGCCAUGAAUCGUCAGUUCCAUCGAUGCUUCGCUUCCACCACUACUAUGUUCCUCUGGGCUCUUUUCUUGAUCGCUUUGACAGCUUCUUACCUCAGUUUUCAGAGCUUCGUUGACACGGGUAGUCGCUAUCUCACGGCUUCUUGGGGCGGGAUUCAAUGGGAGAAACAGGUCCGAACGUCUGCCGAGAUCCGCCGGUCCGGUGGGUUUUCCGUGCUUGUCACCGGCGGUGCUGGAUUCGUCGGCACCCAUGUGUCUCUUGCUCUCAAGAAACGCGGCGAUGGCGUCGUGGGUCUCGAUAAUUUCAACAAUUACUAUGAUCCAUCUCUGAAGAGAGCGCGGAAAACGCUUCUGAACAACCAUGGCAUCUUCGUCGUCGAAGGUGACAUUAACGACGCCCGCCUCCUGGCGAAGCUCUUCGACGUCGUGGCGUUCACCCACGUUAUGCAUCUCGCUGCGCAAGCCGGUGUCAGGUACGCCAUGGAGAACCCUCAUUCCUACGUUCACAGCAACAUCGCCGGUCUGGUUGCUCUGCUCGAAGCCUGCAAAUCGGCGAACCCCCAGCCGGCAGUCGUCUGGGCGUCCUCGAGCUCGGUUUACGGGCUCAACGAGAAGGUUCCCUUCUCCGAGGCCGACCGGACGGACCAGCCGGCGAGCUUGUACGCGGCGACGAAGAAAGCCGGAGAAGAAAUCACUCACACAUACAACCAUAUCUACGGUCUAUCGAUCACCGGGCUGAGAUUCUUCACCGUCUAUGGUCCAUGGGGCCGGCCCGACAUGGCUUACUUCUCGUUCACCCGAAACAUUCUGCAAGGAAAGCCGAUAACCGUGUACCGGGGGAAGAAUCGGGUCGAUCUCGCCCGAGAUUUCACCUACAUUGAUGACAUCGUUAAGGGUUGCCUCGGGUCGUUGGACACGGCGGGUAAGAGCACCGGUAGCGGAGGCAAGAAACGCGGACCAGCACCGUAUCGGAUCUUCAAUCUGGGUAACACAUCGCCCGUAACGGUACCGACACUUGUUGGAAUUCUCGAGCGGCAUCUGAAGAUGAAGGCGAAGAAGAACAUCGUGGAUAUGCCAGGAAACGGUGACGUACCGUUCACGCAUGCUAACAUAAGCCUGGCGCGCAUGGAAUUCGGGUACAAACCCACGACCGAUUUGCAAACCGGGUUGAAGAAGUUCGUUAGAUGGUACCUCAAUUACUAUGGUUACAAUCACGGCCAAAGCAAACUUGUAAAUUGAAAUCUUUAUUUUUUUUUCUUUUUUUUUGUUAUAAGAAAAAAAAACUGGAAAAAAAAGACUUAUUCUUUUCUUGGGGAUACCGGUGAAGCCGCGUAUCCUCGUUAGUUUUGGGCUUUCUGUAAAAAGAAAAGUUUCGUAUUCUCUUAGUUCUUUUGUCAUCCGAUACGUCCGAUACGCCUUCUUUUUCUUUUUUUUUGCUUUUGUUUUUGGUUUGUCUCUCUUUUUCCGGUAAUCUGACGGCAGAGAUCUUUCGGCGGA